ACACACACAUACACACACACACACACACGCUUGCAGAGUCACACAUUACACGUUUCUUACCAGCGCUGCCGUGUCUCUACUAACGGGACAAGUUUAAACCUCCGGGAUAUCGCUGCUCGCUCUCCGCUUUUCUCUCGCCUCCAUGUGAACAUCUCGACCCGGAGUGAGGAAGUUUACCACUGCUGAAAGGAUGAUGGUGACGAUGAUGGGAGGAGGCCACAGCCGAAGGUGCAGCCCCCGCUAAAAAAAUACAUUCUCCCCUAAUUUCACCCCUCCACCAUCACCAACUACUGCCGUCCUGUCCCCUGGCAUCAUGGCCAACCACUUGGAGCUGAUCCAGGAGCUGCAGCAGCUGGACAAGGUGCCCAGUCUGGAGAGGCUGCGGGCGGCCCAGAAGCGCCGUACACAGCAGCUGAAGAGAUGGGCCGUGUACGAGAAGGAGAUGCAGAGCAAGAAGAGAAAGGCAGACAAGAAGGGACGCAACGCCAACAACCUCCAUCAAGCAGAUUCCAAGAGGCAUGUGUCGUUUGCCGCCAGCGUGGCACUUCUGGAGGCAUCGGCCAGGAAUGAUCCGGAUGAAGUACGUUACCUGCUGAGGAACAAUGUGAGCCCAGACCUCUGCAAUGAAGACGGUCUCACCGCCCUGCAUCAGUGUUGUAUAGAUAACUACGAGGAGAUGGUUAAGAUCCUGCUGGAACGAGGAGCCUGUGUUAAUGCUCAGGAUAAUGAGCUGUGGACGCCGCUGCACGCUGCUGCGACCUGUGGCCACGCAGGACUGGUCAAGAUACUCAUCGCACACGGUGCAGAUCUGCUGGCGGUCAACUCCGAUGGGAACAUGCCCUAUGACCUGUGUGAAGACGACCCAACACUGGACAUCAUUGAGACAGCUAUGGCCAACAGAGGCAUCACCCAGGAGAUGAUCAACGAGACACGAGCGUCAACGGAGAGGAGGAUGCUGGGAGACAUUCAGGAACUGCUGAGACAGGGCGAGGAGGUCAACCAGCAGGACUCUCAGGGAGCCACACUGCUCCACAUUGCAGCAGCGAAUGGCUACGUGCAGGCUGCAGAGCUGCUGCUGGAGGGGGGAGCUCGCAUGGACCUGAGAGAUUCAGACGGAUGGCAGCCUCUUCACGCUGCAGCCUGCUGGGGUCAGAUGCAUGUGGCGGAGCUGUUGGUGUCUCACGGAUCCAGUCUCAAUGCCAAGACCUUCCUAGAGGAGACUCCCAUUGAUCUGUGUGAGGAUGAGGAGUUCAGAGCCAUCCUGCUGGAUCUGAAACACAAACACGACAUUAUCAUGAAGUCACAGCUCAAACACAAGACCUCACUGUGCAGGCGAACAUCCAGCGCAGGCAGUCGUGGAAAGGUGGUGCGGCGAGCCAGCCUGUCGGACAGACACAACUUAUGCCGUAAAGAGUACGAGACGGAGGCCAUCGUUUGGAGGGGAGGGAGGGAGGAGGAGGACGAGAAAGAGAGGGAGUCUGAUCAGGAGAAUAAGCAAGUGAUUAAUGUCAAGCCAUUCGUAGCGGUGGAGCUGCCAGACAAGCCCAAGCUGCCCACCAUCCUCAAAGACGGCAGCAGCAAACAGAAUGGCCUCAUCUCCACGGCAACAUCUGUGCCGCCGCAGACGCCCUCCAAUGGCAACACGCCAUCGUCCGACAACGGCGGGGUCGCCGCCGCCCAGCCCACCCAGGAGGAAGCCUGGCCAAGGGAGCGCGCUCAGACUCUGUCGGAGCUGAAGAGACAGAGGGCUGCUGCCAAAUUGUUGAAUCACCCCUUGUUUAAUGGUCACCUAGGCAACGGCUCCACAGACUCCUUCACUGAUGCCAAAACCAUCUCUGAGGACCCCCGCAUGCCACUCGUUUCCUCUAACGGUAGCGCGGUUUACUACACGCCAGCAAGCGGUGACCCACCCCUCCUCAAAUUGAAACAGCCAAUAGAGGAAGAGCAGCCGAAGGUGCGGACCUGCUGCUGUGUGUCGUAACACCGCAGUCACGUGGAGGGGCUUGCACAGGGAGGAGGGAAGCGAGGCCUGUGCUGUAGGACAGAGGAAAGAGAGAGGGAGGGUUCCUGUCUUUUAACGUCCCGUUCCUCGACUUCUUUGAAACUUCAAGAGAAGAUGAGUGGCCUGAAGAAGGUCUAGAAAACUUUUCCUCAUACCUCCCUGUCACAUGACUCCUGCUGGAAUUGGAUUCCUCCAGACAUCACUUGGAUUAAAAUUCCAUUUCAUACGUGGAGAUAUGCCAAACGGAUAGAAAGAGUGCAAGAUGCUGUUUCUCUGUCCCUGUGCACCUUUAAGAAUCAACGUGUGGACAGCUUUUUUUUUUUUUUUU